AUGUCUGACAGAGAUGAUGGAAGCCAGGCCCCAGGUGGCCAGGAGAGCCCCGUGGGUGUGGUGGGAGCCUGGGUCAGGGAAGAUGGAGAGCAGGAUCCCCUGAUCCUCAGCUCCGGGCCCCAGGGGGAAGGGGAUGACGCCGCUGCCGCCAUAGUGGCCUCAGAAGUCGCAGAGGCCAUGGAGAGCCUGGGGGAGGAGGCCGGGGCAGUGGGAGACCCUGAAAGCCGCACCAGUGAGGAGGAUUCUGACAUUGGCCCAGCAGAGGAGAAAGAGGAGGGGGAGGAGGAGGAGGGAGAGGAGGAAGAAGAGGAGGAGGAAGAGGAGGAGGAGGAGAACUUGGUGCCAGGCCGGAACAUGGUGAUGGACCCCAACCAGUUACCCUUGGCUGGUUUCCACAUUGUGUUCCCGGACCUGGUGCGCACAAUGCUGCCCCGCCUGUACCACAAUGACCACAUCCUCGUGCGUCCCCACGGAGGCCGCAGUAUCAUCCUGCCCAGACAUCACCUGCCAGGUCAGGCGGCCCAAAUUCGCAUGCCAGAUGCCUCUGGAGAGGGUGCUGCAGCUGUGCUGCCUGAGGACUUCAGCAACAGAGCCGUAGGCUCUGGAGAGGGGUUCCCGGCCCCAGAUCCUGAGGACAAGGUGGAGGCCAAGGUCGAGGAGGAGUCUGCGCCUGGGGAGAUGGCAGAGGAGGCACAGGAGGAGCCCACGCAGGAGGCCGAAGCCCCCCAGGAAACAACUGAAGAAGAGGCCCAGGGUGCUGAAAGUAAGGAAGACAAGGAGGAGUGGAACAAAAAACAGGAACCUGAAAAGAAUAUGGAUCCAGCAGAGAGCAGGUACAGAAAAUCCAGGUAUCUGUGUAUAG